AUGGCUGCACAAAGUUCGAAAAAGUUGGCAGCUGCCAACGUGAAAACAUUAAACCAACUCCAUCUCAUAUCUGCAGGGAUCAACUUACUAGUCAUCAUUGCUAUAUUUUUCCUUCAUCGUCCUGCAUCAUUCUUACCAUGGUUGCUAUUAUCCAUUCCAAGUUUCCUUCUUCAAUAUAACUUGGAAGCUUCUGGUAGACCAAAGUAUGUCAAGGAGAAAGGGUAUGAUAAAUUGGUCAAGCUGGGACAAGACAUUCAUCAACAAGGUGGAUUAUUUGAAUAUUUCUUUGACGUGAUUUACUUAACUUGGUUGUUUGACAUUUUGAUGAUUAUUUUCGGUACUAAUAAAGUAUGGUGGGGGUACUCAGUUAUUCCAGGAUUUGCAUGUUACAAAUUAUAUGGAAUUGUUUCUCCAUUUUUUAAAAAUAAAGGUCAACAACAGCAAGAAACUACUUCCACCGCUGAAGAAAAGUCAGCUUCAGGUAAGAGUAAACGUCAACAAAAGUUGGAGGCUAGAAGGGAGAAAGGUCCUACUAUGAAGUAUAGAUAG